AUGAACGUAGAAAAGUGCGAGGAGGAGAAGAUGGCAGUGCUGACAAUUGAUUAUGCCAAGAGACGUGAAGAAAACCUGCGCCUGAACAGAGAAUUUUUAAGGCUCAAGACAAGAUCUCCUUGCGUUCCGGAAAGAGACUGCGCCAAUUCUAAUAGGGGCCUGAAAAAGAAAAAAGCUCCAAAGGAGAUUUUAGCCACGAGAAGUAGCCUGAGAUAUGCUGAAAAGAUGUCAAAGACCAAAGUAACUGCUGAACGUGUAGCUAAAGUGGUUCCUGAACGGACCUUCUCAUUGGCACUUCAUCCCUCAGACACUAAAGUGAUAGCAGCAGUGGGGGACAAGUGGGGAAAAAUAGGCAUCUGGGACGUACUGUGUGAUAGUGAAUCAAGAGCGGAAGGGGUGUGUUGUUACGCGCCUCAUUCCCGACCAAUCACAUGUCUCGAUUUUCCUGUACACUCGCCAGAGAAGAUGUAUUCCUGUGGCUAUGACGGAAGUCUGAGAUGCGGAGAUAUGCAAAAAGAAAUCUUCAUUGAUGUAUUCAAUGAACCAGAGGAUGACGAUGUUUUGUUGAGGAAUUUCAUUUUCACGUCUCCACACACUAUGUUGGUGUCUGAAAACACAGGUUGUGUAGCCUGUGUAGACAUUAGAACAGCAAGUACCACAGCUGAACAGAUGUAUGAAUUAAGUCACAAAUCUUUUAGGACUGUCAGUCGUCAUCCAACACAGCCCUACUACUUUUGUACAGCGGGUGUUGCAGGGAGUGUAAGUGUUUGGGAUCAAAGGAACUUGAAACCUAAGAAGAGCAAAGCUUUAUGUGAGCUUGCUAUUGGAAGAAACAUUAAUAGUGCAUACUUCUCACCUGUGACAGGGAAACACAUUCUGGCGACAUCUAUCAAUGAUAAAUUAACAAUUUAUGACAGUUCAGAAAUUGGUCCAAAUAUUACAGUGAAGAAAUCCAUUAGUCAUAACAAUCAAACUGGACGUUGGCUUACUGGAUUCAGAGCUGCUUGGCACCCUGCCAGAGAAGAUUGUUUUAUUGUUGGCAGUAUGAACAGGCCUAGAGAGAUAUCACUGUUCAGUGUUGCUGGCAAAAAGCUGCAUGCCUUUAAAGAUGAAGACUACCUAAACAGUGUAUGCAGCCUGAAUGCUCUACAUCCAACUCUGAACCUGGUUGCCGGCACCAAUUCUAGUGGCAGAGUCUUCGUGUUUAUGUGAUCAUAUAAAAGCAGAUUAUGUACUUGGCGCUUUGUGUGUUUAUACUUAGACAUGUGUUCAUAAUAUUGUGUUCAAUGAACUGUUGUGUUACAAAACAGACUGUGUUAAAAAACAGACUGUGAUUGAAAGAAUAUAGUGAACUUUACAAAAGUAGUUUGUUUACAUUACUAGAAAGUAAAUUGUGUUCAUGUGAAGAUAGUGAUCGUAUGAUGUCAUACUUGCACAUUGCAAUAUUCAGGUCUGUUGACAAGUGAUAUUUACAAUAACUGUGUUCAGAAAGUAAUCUCAGGAAAAUGUUGUUUAUUUACAUGUUAUUUUUAUUUCCCCACCAUAUGAUAUGGUUGGCGUUAUACUAGAAUCACUUUUUUGUUUUGAUUUUUUCAAACUUAACUUUAAAUAAACAUAAAAGAUAAAUCAGCAAUCAUAAAAGUCUUGGUAAAUGCUUCAGUAAGGGUAUCUGUCAAUCCUGUGACGAAUUUUCAGUUUGAAGCUUUUUUUAAAAUCAAGGUGUUAUGUAAAGAUAUUUCUUGCCAUGUUUUCAUUGUUGUAUUAAUGACACAUAAUGGACAACGUAAUACCAUGGCAUGUGGCAUUGGAGAAAAAAGUAUGAUUAUUUUAUUUUUGUGACUGUAAAUAGUGUAUGAUAUUUUAUUUUGAUAUGUAAGUAUCUUGUUUCCUUUAAAUCAAGACUUAGAGGUACUAACUUGUCUUUUCCAAAAAAUAAUCCAACUUUUCUGAUUAGUGGAUCUUUGUCAUUGUAGUGCCAAAACUAAAUAGCGGAUCACUCAAAACACUUUCUAAAGGUAUCGAAUAUGGAACUUUAAAUAUUUGCUGAACAUGACAGAGGGCAGUUGUAAGACAAGGGGCAUAAUUCUGAAAGGAAUCAUUUUAGAGUUAUGCCCCUUUUUAAAACAGAAUUUUUUUGUCAAAAUAGCUUUUCAAGAUAAAGGAUUUGUAAACUAUCAAAGGUUACAACCACAAAACUUGGUAUACUUUAUCAUGGCAAGGUGCAGUUGUUACACAUGGGACAUGAUCUUGAAAGCAAAAUGUUUUUGAAGUAAUGCCCCUUUUUAAUGUAGAAUUGUUGUUAAAAGUGGUUAUUGAUAGAAAACAUUGAAAAUAUCAGAUAUAUUGUCCUCAUUUUUGGCUAACCUGCCGAGUAAUGGAGACGAGGCACAUCUGUAAAACAAGGGACAUAAAAUAGGGAUCAUUAUUUGUAGAGUUUUGUCCCUUUUUCUCAUGAAAAUUAAUUUAACAUUUGUAGAAAUACCAAUAAAGCCCAAGAACCAAGGGCCAUUUAAUCAAAAAUUUUGUCCAAAUCUGAAACUUACACCAGAGUAGGUAUAUAGUCUCUCCUUAACAAAAAUCUAACUCUUACAAAAUUUUGCUUUCACAACGCUUCAGAAUCCAAGAUGGCGUCCAAUAUGGCCGCCGACUUUAUACAAAAGGAGUAUAUAUCUUAUUAUGGUAAAUUUUACAGCAAAAAUUAUGCCUUUUUACAAUAAAAAGAAGUGCAAACAUUUCAAUAAAAAUCAGGUUAUGAUUAAAUGACGUGAAAUAUAUAGCCUUUUUGGGUUUUUGUCUUAAAAUUUUCAAAAUAUCAAAGAAAAAUGCCUAUUUUUUUUGCAUAUUUUUUAUUAUGGUUACCUAGAAAUAAUAAAAAUAUUCCAAGUAGCUCCUUAAAUUCUAAUAUUGUUUUGUUUUUCAUAAAUACUAUGUGCGUUUUAAGUUGUAAUCAUAAAAAAUGCAAGGAAUUUCAUAAUUUAUAAGUUUUAUACUUGAUUAAAUUGGGUGGGGUAAUUUCACCCCAAAAUUGGAAAAAUACAAAAUUCGCCGAAAUAUGUUAAUUUUAUUUCUCUGCUUUUUAUUUUACUUUCUAUGUGAUUUCAUACAAUUAUUCUCUUUUUUCGUGCAUUUUUAUUGUUUUCAAGUUUAUUUUAAUAAUAAUUUUAUGGUGGGUGGUGUAAAAUAAAAAAAAGUGCACAUACGAAUAUGUGUAUCGAAUUACUGAAAGCUACCGGAAAUAUCGAAAGGUACUUAAAGUUGACUUAAUAAAGAAAUAAAUUAGUAAUCUAAAGCAAUGGAAAUUAUAUAAACCAUUUUUUGGAAAUUAAGGCAUAUUUUGUUAUGUAAUUUUCAACUUCAAAUUAUAUUUCCUGGUCAUACUCUUUCGCCACACUUGUUGUUCAACAUGUAUGCAGGCAUGCAUGUGUUUUCACUGUUUAUAAUUAAAGUCGAUUUGAAAAAAAGUGUUUUAUGCACUAAUUGUCAUUUUUAUGCAUUUCUUGUUCUUAAGUUGUUCUUGUCUUUCUUAAAGUAUAGUGGUCUAUGGUCUAGGUAAAACAAAAAAGAAGAGAAGAAUGCACAUUUAAAUAUAUGUAUCAAAAGACUGAAGCUACCGAGAAAUACCUAACUAAACCCAAAUGAUCUUAUGUUGCCUUAAAAACGUGAAGAGAUAAGUUAUUGUCAUUUUUAUGCAUUUCUUGUUCUUAAGGUAGAACGCGACACUUUGCGAACUUUCGAGCAGCGUCUUGAAAAUUGGCAUGCAAACAAUUGACCAUAUUUCUGUUUGGAUUUCGUUGAUUUUAUUUCAAUAGUUUCAGCCAAUUUUUGUACACAUGACGUUUAAGUUGACCAUCAAAGCCCGAUUUUUAACAUGACGUCGUUGCGUAUCCUUGGCAACUGUUACGUGUAUUUCAACGCCAUUGGCGGACAAAAUAUCUUAAAUCCUACAGCAUUCGACGGAAAUUAUUUUUCCCUUCAAGCAAAUAUAAAACUUAUUGUUUUACGCCGAAAAUUGUUUGAGUAAUGGAAAAAAAUUGUUUAUUUUGUGUAAAAUUUGACGUUCAGUUUAGCCACAUUUUCAGGCUUAAAAUUGGCUUAUUAAA